AUGAUUCCUGGAAAUCUAAAGGGUGACAUCCUAGAUCAUCGACAAGUCAGCCUGCCAUCUUUGAUCCCUGGCGCUGAGAGUCCACUCACUGCAUAUCAACUGUUGUUUGUAACUCGAAAUGCAUCUUUCGACCUAACUACGUCUGUGACAACGGUAAUCAUUCCCGAAAAUCCGAACCCAAACCGGGUCCUCUCGUACCAGAUUGCCUAUGACUCGCCCGACGUCAACUGCUCUCCCUCGUACGGGCUGCAAAGAGGUGCAGGAUUCGCCGCUGCGAUGUGGAACCAGGUGCAAAUGUCCUUCGUAUUUCCAUAUCUCAUGAGUUACAAAGGGCUCUUGGGGAGGAGGCCGAUUCUGAACAUCCCUGACUAUGAGGGAUCUAAUGCCGCUUUCACUGUCGGCCCUCAGAGCGGCUACCAUACUCUUGACUCGAUCCGUGCGGCACUCAACUCCAAAGACAUUACUGGUAUCAAGCGUACUGCCAGAGCAAUCAUGUUCGGCUACUCUGGUGGUGCAUUAGCCACAGAAUGGGCCUCCGAGUUGCACGCCGAAUAUGCGCCCAAGUUAAAUAUUGCCGGCGCGGCAAUGGGCGGGCCUCCUCCCAACAUUACGAAUACUUAUAUUAACGUUAACGGCACACAGUCACCGCUCAAUGUCUGGGCCAUGCUUGGUGUGAUGAGGGCAUUUCCCGAAGUCGAUGAGCACAUGCGCAAUGAUAUCCGGCCUGAUAAAAGAUCCCUUUUCUUGGGCCCCCAGAAACGUUGCACUAGGUGCCAGCUCUAUUCCCCGAAAAUCCCGCCGAAUGAAAAUGUUUCUUCGUGGUUCGAACAUGGGGACGAGUUUCUGUAUAAGUUCAAAGAAAUCCUUGAUACGAAUGGCACGAUGGGAAACCACAUAGAGAAGGGCCAGUCUCCCAACUUUCCGCUCUACAUUUUCCAGGGCACCAAAGAUAAUAUCACGGCCCCAAUCGAAGACACUGAUAACUUGUAUCAUAAGUAUUGCGACGCAGGCACGAAUGUGACAUAUGUUCGAUACGUGGGGCUUGAUCACGGUGGUACCUUGUUGGCUGGGAUGUAUCCCGCUUGGACUUGGAUCACAGCAGUCUUUAAUUGGGUGAAGAUAGAUGAGUGUACAAAAAAAGAUAUCGGGCCGAGUGACGGGGAACUAAAUGACGUGGAUGUUGGACCUGACAUGAGCGAGAUCGAAGAGAGCGAGGUUAUCGGUAGCAAACCCGGCUUUGUGGACCAAAUCUUUAUUCAGGGCGAGCGCUUUGUUCCGGGCUCUACUAACAGGGAGGACCUCUAA